AUGAAAUUUCAUGAAUGCCGCGGACUUAAUAUCUCACUUUCAAAUGAUGGAAAAGCUGCUGCUCGAACUCAUGGGUUUAGCAAUGGUAUAGUGUUUAGUAGUAGACCCAUCAGACCCAAUGAAGUGUUUACUAUUUUAAUAGAAGAGAUACAACCGGAUUGGUCUGGCAAUUUACGUUGUGGUUUCACAUGGGAAAAUAUCGAUAGGCAUUUUGAGGUACCUGAGUAUUCAUUACCGGGCAUGACCAAUCAAGGCAAAACUCGUGUUAUUGCAUUGCCAACAAAGAUUGCAAUCUCGGACGAACUGAAGGAUGAAGGAUCUCCUAAGCAUGUGUUACUAGAUGAAGGCACAACAAUUGGGUUAAAGUACAACUUGAAAGGCCAAAUUCAUUUAAUCAUCAACCACACAGAUUUAGGGCCGGUGGUUCAAAACGUACUUAUAAAUCAGGAUGUAUAUGCAAUCGUUGAUAUUUAUGGCUCAACAACAAAAGUUAAAGUAUUAUCACCUGAAGUACAACCACUUCAUGAGAUAUGUACGGUGGCGUUAUCUCGUCUGGUACCAAAAGCUAAGAUAUCAGCUUUACCAUUGCCGCGGAAAUUUAUUAAAAGUUUGCAAUCAUCGAUGUAA